CUGCAAUGACCAACCGGAGUGGGAAGCAAUAAAAAUUCUUUCCCAGCUCACCGUAUGCCCGGUUCCCCUAUGGUGAAAUGAUCGCUUCCAUAUUUAGCAAGAUCAACUGCUACCUGAAGUUAAGAGGAGACGGGAUUGAUAUCCCGACACGGCGGAUUAGACAGACAGAACCACUCCGUACCGACUACGGAAUACUCCAUCCAGCUGGAAAAGCCUGCGGGAGUGGCUGGAGCCGCUACCGGCCCUGUACCGGGAGAGAAACGACAAGAGUGGAGUCGCUGCCGGCAUUAAGCAGUUCCUUCAGGUUCAGGUUCAGGUUCAGUGUUCAGUGUUCAGUGUUCAGUGCUCAGUAUCACGGACGUAAAAUACCAUGGCAAACCGGCACUCUCCCGCCGACAAGAACCGUCUCGAUUGGGCCCGCGCGGCUUGGCUGUAGAUCGAGGCCAAUCAAGCGUGUUGGGAUUCGUGGAAGCUUUAGGGCAGAGAAGGCAUUGCCGAAGACCCGAUGGAAUCGUAAAACUCCAUUGGUUCAAUCAUUAUUCAAGGGGGUCUUUUCCGGCAGUAUCCAUUUGAUUGGAAGCACCCGAGUCCGGAUGAAUUCAUCAUUAAUGAAGCCGACCAGAGUGGCGGCCGCCCAAACUGCUGGUUUUAUGCAGUACAAAGGAGCUGAGAAAUGUAUGGAGUACCUGGCAUCUGAAGCACCGGCCCCAUUUUCCACUUCCAAUCAAUAAUCCAAUCCCUUUCAAGGCUUUUGCGUACGUCAGCUCUGAAAGUGGACUCGCGAGGUCGGCAAAUCGGUGCUUAACUGGCCGUUCCAGGGUUUUUGGACUGUAUAAGACUGCAUCGGUGGACCUCUUUUCUUCCUGCUGAAACUUCUUAAAUCUAGAGGCGACUCGCAAGCUUCUUGACACUUCACUCACCUUGCCGUGGCCCGUGUGUAGUCGUAUUCUGUGCUCGCCUCUCUCCAAUUUCCAUAGCGUUGCUAUGACGCCAUGGCAGACGACCACCUUUCGCGCAUACCAACUGCUCGUUCUGCCGGGUCACGGAGGUCAACGUCGACGCUGGAAACGCUGUCUCACAUCUACUCCGGCCGGUAUGUGGAUGAUGCCGGCGUGUACAUGAAUGAGGGCGAACUGGAGGAGAUGGCGGAAGAGGAAGAGGAAAAUGAGAGGAGGCUUUCGCAGCGAUUGAGCGGGAAACCGACGCUCGAGGGCAAAGGGGAAGCACACUUCGAUGCAGAGUCCAGUUCCAGAGAAAGCGAGGGCACCGGACAUCAUGACGAUAUCGAAAAGGGCGGACUGGGUCGGCCGAAAACGAGAGAAGCAGAGACUGGACAAGAUCCGAAACUGGUUACCUGGGAAGGCCCUGAUGAUCCAGAGAACCCCAAAAACUGGACUCUCAGGAAGAAAUGGGCGGCCACUGUCAUUGUCUCCUGCUUCACCUUCAUCUCGCCCGUGUCAUCUUCGAUGGUGGCGCCUGCGCUGAGCACCAUUUCGAAACAGUUCCACAUCACCGAUGAAGUCGAGUCGCAGCUUACCAUGUCCGUCUUCGUUCUGGCGUAUGCAAUCGGCCCGCUGUUCCUGGGCCCCAUGUCCGAGAUCUACGGCAGGGUCAUUGUGCUGCAGGCGGCCAACUUGUUCUAUCUUGUGUUCAAUGUUGCCUGUGGUGUCGCACAGUCCAAGGGCCAGAUGAUUGCAUUUCGAUUCCUCUCCGGGCUGGGAGGGAGUGCGCCUCUCGCCAUCGGUGGAGGAGUGCUCAGCGACUGCUUCAUCCCGGAAGAACGUGGCAAAGCGAUUUCAAUGUACAGUCUUGCACCGCUGCUUGGUCCCGCGGUAGGUCCUAUAGCUGGUGGUUUCAUCACCGAGAACACGACCUGGCGCUGGGUAUUCUACGCAACCACCAUCGUCGACGGUGCCAUCCAGGUUCUGGGCCUCUUCCUCCUCCGCGAGACCUAUGCCCCGGUAAUCCUGAAGACGAAGGCCAAGAAACUGCGCAAAUCCACCGGAGACCCGGACUACAAGACGGCGGAGGAGCGCGCCGACAAAACGCUCGUCAAACUGCUCCGGGUGUCCCUCGUUCGGCCCUUCCGUCUGCUUGCGACACAGCCCAUCAUCCAGGCUCUGGCAUGCUACAUGGCCUACGUCUACGGCCUGAUGUAUCUCAUGCUCUCCACCUUCCCGGAGCUGUGGACCAAUCCGAAAUACUACCAUGAAUCGAUCGGCAUCGGCGGUCUCAACUACAUCUCUCUCGGCCUGGGCUUCACUCUGGGAACGCAGAUAUCCGCCCCGCUCAACGACCGAAUCUACCGCAUUCUCAAGAAAAAGAACAACGGUGUCGGACAGCCGGAGUACCGCGUCCCUCUCCUCUUUGCAGCCUGCCUCUUCAUCCCAGCCGGGCUUUUCAUCUACGGCUGGACGGCCCAGAAGCACUGCCACUGGAUCGUCCCGAACAUCGGCGCCUGCAUCUACGGCAUCGGCAACAUUAUCACCUUCCUGUGCAUCCAGACGUAUCUGAUCGAUACAUACACGCGGUUCGCAGCCAGCGCGCUCGCUGCGUGUGCAUUCCUACGGUCGCUGGCCGGAUUCGGGUUCCCGCUGUUCGCGCCGUAUAUGUUCCAGGCGCUCGACUACGGGUGGGGGAAUAGCUUGCUGGCAUUCGUGGCGAUUGGGAUCGGGGUGCCUGCGCCGAUUAUUAUGUGGCGGCUUGGGCCGAAGUUGAGGAAACUCAGCACUUAUGCUGCGGGUUGACGUUGAUUUGUUCGGCUGGUGACUUGCAUGCAUUAGCGGGCGGGUUUGGAUAUGAAAAGUGAUCUUGAUGGCAUGGAUAUAGACAAGAGGUAGUUACACACAAGACUAAUUUAAUGACAGCAUUCAACUGACUUGUUCUCUUGUCAAUGUCACGGUGGAUAGUGGGACAGAACAGCUAUGUGUCUGGAUGAUACUGGCGGGAUCGUAGCUCAGCCACAUCCAGCAUGACAAGAAUACAAGACUGCUCUUCAUUUAUUAUGGAGUUCUUUAGUUCUAUGCCAUUCUAUUAUUACUGUUUUAUUCCCAAUAAUUCUAUAUUUAUCCCUUGGCACAUCCCGCCACACUGUGCCCCGCCGACUGUGGC